AUGGCGGCGCGGCCCUUGCCCGGGCACGUGGGGCGCGUGCGCGUCCUCUACCGGCGCCUGCUGGUGCUGCACCGCGGGCUGCCCGACGCCCUGAAGGCCUUGGGCGACCAGUACGUCCGGGAAGAGUUUAGACGCCACCGGACGGUGGGGCCUGACCGAGCCCAGAGCUUCCUCCAAGAAUGGGAGGAGUACGCCCAGGUGCUGGAGCAGCAAAUGGGUGGCAACCGCCCGCGAUUCGGCGCUCAGCUCAGCCACGCCAAGCUGGACGACUUCCGGGCAGAGCAGAUCGGGCAGCUGCAGGAACUCAUGCGCGAAGCCACCAAAGCCAACGGACGCUUCGACGGCGCCGACCCCGCCGCCCCGAAAUCCUAGGAGGAAUCAAUCAAUCGUAUUUAUUGAGCGCUUCCUGUGUGCAGAGCACUGUACUGAGCGCUUGGGAAGUACAAGUUGGCAACGGAAGGCCGACGACCCCCCGGCAAAGCCGCUUCAACCUCGGCCUCCGUGGGCAGAGAGGGGUGGGCUCUCCCUCCAUGGACUCCACGCUUUCAAUCAACCGUAUUUGUUGAGCGCUUACUGUGUGCAGAGCACUGUACUAAGCGCUUCGGAAGUACAAGUUGGCAACGUAACUUUCCCCUCCCCUGGCACCGUUUGGUGGUCAGGCCUGCUGGCCUUUAUUUUUGAUCCUUGAAGCUUUCUGAGGAUCGAAUUAUAAAAUGUCUUUCUCAAAGCAAUAAUAAGAAUAACUGUGGUAUUUUCCCCCUCCCCAU